GCCACUGAUAGCAUCAAGGACCGUGCCAAAGACAUGUAAGCAAGGAUCGUAGCUGUCCAGUUCUGAUUUCACACGUGCACCGGUAAAAUCAUCGCGGUUUCGACUGUUCCUCAAGGUAUAUAAUCUAGUCAUCGCGCGUUUACUCGAUCUCAUCGCUCUGCCAGACUGUAAAAAUGGCCACACAAAUCAGCAAGAAGCGCAAGUUCGUCGCCGACGGUGUUUUCCGUGCUGAACUCAACGAAUUCUUCACCCGCGAGCUGGCCGAAGAGGGUUACUCUGGUUGCGAUGUCCGUGUCACCCACGCCCGCACUGAGAUCAUCAUCCGGGCUACCCACACCCAGGAGGUUCUCGGAGAGAAGGGUCGCCGCAUUCGCGAGCUGACUGCUCUCGUCCAAAAGCGUUUCAAGUUCCCCGAAAACUCGCUCGAGCUGUACGCCGAGAAGGUCCAAUACCGUGGCCUUUCUGCUAUCGCUCAGUGCGAGAGCUUGCGAUACAAACUGCUUGGUGGUCUUGCCGUUCGUCGUGCCUGCUAUGGUGUCCUCCGCUUUGUCAUGGAGUCUGGUGCCAAGGGUUGCGAGGUCGUUGUUUCCGGAAAGCUGCGUGCAGCCCGUGCGAAGUCCAUGAAAUUCACCGAUGGCUUCAUGAUCCACUCCGGACAACCGUCCGUUGACUUUGUCGACUUUGCCGUCCGUCACGUUCUCUUGAAGCAGGGUGUGCUCGGUAUCAAGGUUAAAAUCAUGAAGGGAUACGACCCUGAGGGCCAGACCGGUCCCCGCAAGCCUCUCCCCGACGCUGUUACUAUCAUGGAGCCUCCUGUUGACAAGAUCAUCUUGGAGCCUUCAUCGGAGCAGCGGGAGCCGGUCGGUGUUGCUCCCCCACCGGCGGCGGCGGAGGAGUACGCUCCCCCCGCCCAGGAGUACCAGGCUGAGACUUACGUUGAGCAGCCCGUGUUCUGAUUAUGUAUGGUGUAUUUUAGCUACAGGGUUAUGCGCACUCCAUUCACAAUCCAUCUCUGAGCCCAUCGUUUCUCGUUCA